AUGGAUUCCCUUAUCUCCCCCCGUGCAGACACACUGCAUCAACUCACACAAACCCUCUAUGACGUUGGCGUAGUCCACGUUCGAGGCACUCCUGCCUCUGGAAAAACCGUUCUAGCGCGUCUUUUGCAGGAGCAUUAUGAGCGCAACAAUAUCACUGCUCUGUACUUCGAAAAUUGGAAAGCCCCAGGAAGAUAUGAGUUCAAAAUCAUGAGCGCUGGCUUCAAACAGGACUCCCAAUUCGGUCAGCCAACCUAUAUUCAGGAAGGCGACUAUGUGAUUAUUAUCGACAAUGCAGAGACAUCCUUCGACGAUAUGGAGUUUUGGAAUGGCCUUGUGAAGAAGGCACUGAAGCGCGAAUGCAAGGUCCAGAUAUGUCUUCUCUCGCGAUAUGGAUGUCCCAUUUCAGGAACCGAUCAAGAUCCCUACUCUCUCCUUAAUGCUGGACGUUUUCUCCCCCAACACCGAGUAUCUAUCCUGCCAUCUCGUAUGGAUAGUGCACCCCCUUUCGGUCUCUAUUUCACGCGCCAAGAGUUUGAUGAUGUCGUUCGCCGCUACUCUGCAUACUCAUAUUGGAACCCGCAGCUCCGUUUGGAGGGAACAGCAAAGGACACAAUUUUCGAUAUCACCAGAGGUCACCCUGGAGCGGUCGUCUCGAUUCUUCGGACACUUCAAGAGGACUACCGCGAGGAGCUCGGAGAUCCCUCAUUCAAAUUUCUUUCACCGAAUUCCCAGCCCUCAAUUCAAACGUUCCCUCCCCGGACCCACGGUGUCCCUUGA